UUUUUUUUUUUCAUCGUGCGCUUGAUGCGGAUUAAAUCACUCUAGAAACAUCAAUCUCCUCUCAGGAUCAGCACCUUGGACAGCGGAUGCCAGAGCAACUCUCAUACAGCAAAGGAGAGAGAGAGCUUUGACCUUCUACUCUAUCUUCACGACUGACAAUACCCCUGUGCAUUCUCAGCUCCAAUGCAGGAGUAGGAUACGACACAGUUCAACGCCUGACAGAAUUCAGUACAGCAUAGUAUCCAGCUAUGCUGAUUAUAUGGGACAGCUGACACAGAUGAGCAGACCCAUGUUGGUAAGGUCAGGAAGUCAUCACGAUCUGCUUCAGCCGUGGAUACACACCACACGUCAAAUCGCAAAGAUACUGACAUACUAACAAUUGAAUAGUCCAUGGAGGUUGAGAGCCAUGUGAAACUCUUAAUGCGGUGAAAAGCAGCACACCAGACUCUGUGGAGCUUGUUCCCAAAUGCAAAUGGCCAUGACAUGCCAUUGUCAUAGGAGUCACCAGCAUUGAUGGACAACAGUUUACACACCAUGAAAUAACCAUUUAGAUCCCUUUUGAAGAAUACCAUUUGUCUUUUUUUUUUUACUUGGUUAACCAGAUAGGUAGAGCACCAUGGUACUGCCGCCCCCUGACAAGCGGCAUGUCUGUCUAACCACCAUUGUAAUCAUGACCAGCAUGGCCUUCAUGGACGCGUACCUUGUGGAGCAGAACCAGGGCCCACGGAAAAUAGGCGUCUGCAUCAUUGUCCUGGUUGGGGAUAUUUGCUUUCUUAUAGUCCUCCGUUAUGUGGCAGUUUGGGUGGGUGCAGAGGUAAGGACUGCAAAGCGUGGCUAUGCCAUGAUCCUCUGGUUCCUCUACAUAUUUGUUCUUGAGAUCAAGCUCUACUUUGUCUUCCAGAACUACAAGGCCGACCGUAAAAGUCUGGAGACAGUUGCUCGGAAAGCGUUGACUUUGUUGCUCUCGGUUUGUGUGCCAGGGCUAUACCUUGUUCUGGUUGCGCUUGACAGCAUGGAAUACGUAAGAACCUUCCGGAAGAAAGAGGACAUGCGGGGUCGACUGUUCUGGGUGGCACUUGACUUGUUGGAUGUACUGGAUAUCCAGGCCAACUUGUGGGAGCCACAGCGGACAGGUCUGCCCAUCUGGGCAGAGGGUCUGAUGUUCUUCUACUGUUACAUCCUGUUGCUGAUUCUGCCAUGCGUUUCUCUGAGCGAGAUCAGCGUGCAGGGUGAGCACGUAUCACCUCAGAAGAUGAUGCUCUACCCUGUCCUCAGCUUGGUGACCAUCAACAUUGUAACAAUUCUCAUUCGAGGUGUGAACAUGGUGUUAUUCCAAGACAGCCGAGUCUCGACCAUCUUCAUCGGCAAGAAUGUGGUUGCCAUCGCCACCAAGGCCUGCACCUUCCUGGAGUACCGGCGACAAGUUAAGGAGUUCCCUCCGCAAGAUCCUGCAGGCAUUGCCAUGGAGAUACACCAGAACUCUGUGCUACACAAUCAAACACUGCCAAACGCCACUACCACCCUCCCAGAAGAGCCCUCACCUGCCCGUGAAGUCAUUGACACGUGACCUGAGCUGACAAAAACAUUGUGUCACUUUCAAACUUACAAGAUUUAACUUGAACUUAAGGUCAAUGGGGAAAGAAGGAAACUUUAGCUAGUCCAGACCAAGGCAAGUUGAGGUAUCCUUCUUCUGGUACCUUUACUAGACAGCAAGGCGUUCUGCCCUAAAAUUCCUGUUUUGAAGAAUAUUUUUAAAGUCAUACUCAUCCAAGCUGAGUGUUCAGAGGCCAAUAAUGCUCAGAUGCACAAAUGGCAACUCACUAGAGUUCUAUGAUCUUGAUUUUAACCAGAUUUUGUAAUUUCAAGAAGCUAUUUAAUUAUGUUAGAUAUGGGAUGUUUUUAAAGAGAUUUGUGUGACCUACAGGUGGCUCACCUUGCUGAUAAGCAGACCCACCUUCUGACUGCAGAACUGGAAUGGCCAUCAUUUGCAUUUACACAUUUCUAUAAAUCCCCUGGCCCUUGCGUGUUCAUUUAUUCAAUAUUUUGGCUAAUUUUAUUAUGCUUUCAGGUACCAAUAAGAGUGCAGUACUCUUGGCUCCAAUACAUUUAUGUAUUGAAUGAUUAGUUGCGUAUUAAGAUGAAAUUAUGUUAUAAUGGAAAACACAGAACUCAGAUUCUCUUUCAGGGGAUUUAAAUGGGAACUAUAAACUUUUAGUUUGUUUUCUGUUUGUGUGUGUUUGUGUGUGCGUGUGUAUAGAGGGCAAAAAUGAAAGAGAAGAGGGUUUGGAAUCCUAUUAUCAUUGAAAAACAGAUGAUAUUGGAUGUCACUGACAGAUAUUGUAUAAUUUUGAA